AUGGCGGAACGUCUUCUACCCAAGGUCCCUCCCCCUAGGGGCCUGGAAGACCUCCCACCCGAGCUCCUUCAGAACAUCCUGAUCGAGCUCGAUAGCUAUUCGAUCAAAUCGGCUGUUCUAUCGGGUGCUGCAUUUAACCGUGCUCUCAAGGACCGAGAAGGCUAUCUGUCACCCCGUUUCAUUCAGCGCCAGAUCCCGGCCGACCUGAUGCACGCUGCCUUGGCCGUGUAUUUCACCAUCGGCGCACGGAAGUGGCCGACAAAAGACAUCGCGCAAUUUCCCGUCAAUUACUUCACCCUCGACGAAAGCUACUUCGAGGGUCCGUUGACCCUGUCACUAUCGCAAGCAGUCAAAAUGGCCGAGCUACAUAAGGUCGUUGAAUUUCUCGGCAACAAGCUGGCAUCUGAUGCUUUGGCCUUGAUGAACUUCGAUCAUCUUCGGCCUGUGCAACCCCCGACAUCGACAGAGUUCAAUCGGAUUUAUCGCGCACUGUACCGGGUCGAAGUUCAUCGUAACAUUUGCCCAGAAGGUGUCGUUUGGCCCCCUAAUGGAGCCAAGUUUCCCUCUUUCUCCCCCUGGGAGAAUGAACAAGUCGCCUGCGUCUACCAGGCCCUGCGGAAGAUUGUCUACCCUGCCGUGGAACAGCUCAUGGGCGAAGGUUCCCCCGAGCCACAGGAGCGUAACAUGGAGCAGCAGACAUACGCAAACGCUACCAACCAGAUCUAUCUGGGCCUGUCUCACGUCAAACGCCACGCGGAGGCUACGGCUGUUUUGGCUCGAAACAGCCUUGGUUUACAGAGAGACAUAGCCAAGGGUGGGCUUUUCGAUUAUUUCCUCAGAUACGCCCUCCAACCCUGGAUGCGGGAUGUGGGAGAUCGUCAGAUCGAUGGCGCAGAGGGUGAGAUGGCUUUCGAGCCAUGGUAUUCCGAUCCAGAUUCGGGACCCGAAGAUAUCUGGGCGCUGGGCCCAUUUGGGCGAGAAACUAAGCAACACUGUCGACAAUCCCACUCGCGUUUUGCUCCGGAGAUGGGGAUAUGUCAUGUGGGACCGAUGGCGGCUCCUCGAAAUGGAAAUUAUGGACCGGCCAUUCGACGUCUAGGCAGAUACAAGGUUGUCGCCCUGCCAUGGUGA